AUGGCCAAGCAAUUGACCACGAUCCGGAACGUGGAUCUUCCCUGUUGGCAGGUCUUAAUGGAGACCGCUGAUGCCAACUGGGCUCACACUCCAUGGGCGGGUAACCUCUGCUCCCAAUUCAUGAAGAUGGUGGAGCAGGAGGGCAAAGAGGCGAAUUUUCACCUCAACAAGGGGCCUGGUAUUAGGCGCUCUAUGGACGGGAGAUACUACAUCCCCGACCUUAACGUGUGGACUUGGCUCCACGAUAACUGUCUGCAUGCGGACGUUAAAGGCUGGCAAAAAGGCGAUGCUGCUGCCUUUUAUGAGAUUGCGAUGAAUCUCUUUCGAACUAAGUUCGAAUUCAACAAGUUCGUUGAUGAGCAUCAGCUCGGUUGUGCCGGCAUUCCUCAUUGGUCUAUGACCACUCGCUUCCACAAAGCCGUCUCCCUCAAUGCAGACAGCGUACGCGUUUGGAGCCCCAUCACGGUUGCCAAAGUGUUCAUCACCAGUGGGCUCGAUGAAUCAAAAAUCGAUGUCCUGGUCGGUUACUUCGGUCAUAGGCAACAGAAGGCAGAACUUGGUUGCACAUACCGCAACAACAUUCUUGACGAGAAUGGCUCUGCAAUAGUCCCCCCUCCUGUGGAGGGCCUUCCACUGUUGGGUCUCGAACCCGAAGGCCUGAAAUGGUCUGAUGACCAUACUGGUCCUGCUGCUGGUCCCUCUCAUGUGGAUGCAGCCAUCGAGGAUGAAACCCUCCUCGACUAUGGUGACAGCGACGGCUAUGACCGCACCUGUUAG